UGACAGCCCAGCAAACUGCAAACAGAGAAGUUCUCAGCAGAGAGCAGACAGGCGAACGAGCCCAAGCCCGAUUCCUACUCCGAGACAGGUGUACGGCGGGAGCGGGAGGAAGCGCCGGCGAUGGCGACUCCAGCGAAGGAGGAGGCGGCGGCAGGGCAGAGAGACGAGCUCGCCGACUCGCUGUCCGAGCUCUUCACCAACGUCUCCCUCAUGGUCCGCGGCGAGCUCCAGGGAACCAACAACCAGCUCUCGCUGCUUGAAAAGAUGAACCAACGCGUGACAGAGGAGUACAGUAACCACGGAGAUGUUGCAUCCGGUCUGCGGGUCUUUGUAGAACAGCUGAACGAGAAAAACCAACGGUUUGACGAGUACACAACACAGAUUGACGCGAUAGACCAGCAGGUGAGUGAGUUUGAGGCAGUGGUGUCCAUGCUUGAUAAGCAUGUCUCCCUCUUGGAGAAGAAAGUGAAGUCCGCAUAUCACAUUGCUCCCACACAAUGAUUCGUCUCCCAAGCAUGUUGUAUAUCACCCCUAUCAUCUUCUGUAUUCUCUACAAUAAUUGAGCAUAUCUCUAGUAGCCAAACACGUUUGGAUGGGAAACUUAACACUCUAGUCCUAAUGUUUCCACCAUUGUUGUACUUGUAGUGUCACUGAAUGGCCAAGUCGUGGUGUUACUUCCAGGUACUUGUUGAUACAGUACUAUCUUUGCUAUAAUGCACAGCGCUGUAAGAUUGUCCCCA